AUGAAGUUGGGAAAUCUGACGCUACAUGUGGGAAAGGAAAGAGCACUAGAAAAAAUUUGGCGUGAAUCCUUGAAGCUACACGUAGAACCCGACUUGGAAAGAACAGAUAUGUCUCAAAUGGAAGUGAUUGAGGGCGGAACAAUUAACCUGGGAACAAUCGAAGCUUCCGCCGUGUUCAUUCUGGACAAGGAGGAUCCCAAAGAACAGGAAAACGAAGUGGACGAGGCAAUAAUGAACCCGAGCGCAAUUGCACUGGGGCCAAGAACAAGGGACGGAUAUGGGUUCGGUUUGAGUUUAUUAAAAACUCCCAACGACUAUCCAAUUUACCCGUGUGUUGGACGCCCACCGUAUUGGUCAUGUAACGGUGGAAUUGUAGAAGGGCGAAAAGCAUCUGCCAAACAUACCCACACUGGAACGGCAGGAAGAACGGGACAGUGUCUGGUGAUGCCGUAUUACGUGAAUCCUGAUGCAACGGGAGCAGAAGGAAACAUUUUCAAAAAAUUUGUUACAUCAGAAUGGUUUCUACAAGAAGAACCAUUUAAUUUGGAAAUAAUCCUGCCCCGAGCCAAGAAUGCGGAUACAACAACACCAUAUCAUUGUCUAGCAGUGGGAAGCUUGGUGGAACUGAAGACAUCACCGAUUUUAGGAAUUGUGAUGAUCAUGACUGAAGCGGGUGUGUGGGUUGUGGGAAAGGAGGGUCGACAAUUCUAUUUUUACGAAAACAUCUUACGUGUUUUAAGUCACGGGUAUGUCUAA